CUUAUAUCUCCUUCGUUCUAGUUGUAAGUCAGAUACUAUUCUUUUAACCUUACUUGAUGCAGCUGAAGGACUUGGUUUGACCUCUUCUAAGCAGCGUAUGUUGACACAGAUUUGCGGCAUAGUUAAUCCCAUCAUACCUUCGACAUCGCCCACCAUGUUGCAGCAUCCUCCUUUGACUGGCAUCAAGGUGCUAGAAUUCGCUGGUCUUGCUCCUGGACCUUAUGCUGGCAUGUUGCUCGCUGACGCAGGUGCCUCGGUUCUCCGCAUAGACCGUGCUCGACCCGACACAUCUGCUCCUACAGAAGACAUGCUAGCCCGGCAUAAAUCCUCCAUAUCCGUGGAUCUCAAAUCAGAGCGGGGUGUUGCGCUUAUAAGACGCCUCGUUGCUGAGGCCGAUGUCCUCAUUGACCCUUUUCGUCCAGGCGUACUUGAGAAACUGUCUCUGGGUCCGGAUGAGCUGUGUCGUCUUAACCCAAGGCUGAUAUAUGGCCGCAUGACUGGGUUCCGUCGUGAUGGAAAGUACGCACUCAUGGCAGGUCACGACAUUAACUAUCUUGCCGUUUCAGGUACACUGGGAAUGCUGGGCAGAGAUGACGAGAAGCCACAUCCGCCGUGGAACAUCCUGGCUGACUUCGCUGGUGGGGGAGCAAUGCUAUUUGAAGGUAUCUUGAUGGCCAUAAUCUCAAGACAAUCUUCUGGCCGCGGACAAGUUGUCGAGGCAAACAUGGUAGAUGGAAGCUCAUAUCUGACCACUUUCCCUCGAAUGGCGCUCAAGACGAUAACGGGCAACAGUGGCCGAGGAAACAAUUUGCUCGAUGGAGGUGCUCCCUUUUACGACACUUACGAGACAUCGGAUGGCAAAUAUGUCGCCGUCGGGGCUCUUGAACCGAAAUUCUUUGCCGCUCUUCUAAGUGGGCUCGAGCUUGCUGGUCAAGGAUGGGAAGAUGAUCAGCUCAACAGAGGUCGCUGGCCCGAGCUUCGGCAUUUAAUGACAGAUAGGUUUCGAAGCAAGACUCGUGCCCAGUGGGAACUAGUCUUCGAUGGUACAGAUGCGUGCUGCACCCCAGUGCUGGAGUAUAGCGAACUAGAGAAUGAUCCCAAGCGGGAAGGUGACCAGAGACCAGCGGUGACCUUGCGGGAGACGCCGUGUCUUGCCGUGAAAGAGGGCGUAGGGCAUGCAGACCCAGCUCGGUUUGGUCAAGGCCCAGGUGUACCCGGAGAUGGCUAUAGAGCGAGUCUGCUGAAGCCUGGAGCAGGGGGGGAGGAAGUCUUGAGGAAAUGGUUGGGAUGGGAGAACGGAACCGAGUAUGUACUGGAGCGGGGAGGGUUUGUGCUCAAGGAGCUUUCCAAGCUGUGACAUGUACUAAGUAUGAGCGUCGUGUCCUAUACAAGCCACCAUUGGCGCAGGCCACUGGUAGAAAGACUAGAUAACUUGUGUUAGGACAGAGGCACCAAAAAGAGAGAGUUGCGUUGGAUGCACACUCAGAAGGGCAAUGAUUAUAUAUUCUACCUAUAACAGGACCUUUCUACACAAUAUACUGAGAACUAUCAAGUAUGCUUGGUAGACAGCGCAAGCCAGGCAUGAAGUCGGGGAAAGCUUAGCUGUCCAGCCAACACAUUACCACCAUUUACUCCCGCUUCCUUAACAGCACCCCAAGACGAAACCACGCCUGCAAACUCUGUCGUACGCAAGGGCCAAGCCAUGCAUCCCAAUGUAAGUCAUUAAGCAGUCUACUCUAGGCCUCCUCCUGAAAAGUGUGGUAUCGAAAAAAUAAAUAAAGUGAUGCUCAGGACGUCAUGAGAAGGGGACCGGGAGACGACUGCUGGGUAGUGAUCCCCCUGGGGCAUUUGGUUCGUAGGUAGAGAAGCUGCAGAUGGGCUCAGUCUGACCCUGACGCUGAGUGGGGAAGUUAUGAUAUGAGUCUUCGUCCAUCACCACAUCACUGCACUUGACUGACGAUCUCACUAGCCUUCGAGAGAGACUCAACCAUCUGCUGGCACUCCUUUCUCCGUCGGAUUGUGAAGUCACUCUCUUUCAGAAGGUCGUCCAAUGUGUCGGUUCGGUACAUGUUCUCCAAUAGCUCUCGUUGCAUUUCGUCCUUGGUAAACCUAUAGCUGAUGUUAGGCGACUUGAUGGAAUCUCUGGCUGCGAAACACUUACUGCACAAGAUUCAGCAUGACA